UUCCGAGCUCACCGGGCAAGUUUGCAUCGAGAUCCCAUUCAUUCAACAUGGCCACGAAUCCUCCUCCAAUGCGCUCCGAUACCACCCAUUCCGGCUGCUAAAUCCAUUGUCACUCUUUUACUCUCCUUCCCUCAACGUUGCUAGUUUUCCUCGUUCAGAUUGGCGCUCUCUCUCAACCGUGUGGGAUAUCGGAAACCGGUAUUCCGGCCGAAACCGUGCCCGUCUCCUUUCUCGGUUUGCGUGCCCCUUUUUGAGCAGCCAACGUCUUGAACGUUCAACCCUAACCCUUCCGAGAGUGUUCCUCCAACAUCAUGGAGACAACAUCGUCCUCCUCAACGACGACAACUAACGGCUCGGUCGAUGGGAUGCCGGCCCCGUACGGGAGGGCUUGCACAAACUGUGCGAGGGCGAAGUGCAGGUGUAUCUACCGGACCGGCGGUGCCGACUGUGAGAGAUGUCAUCGGUUACGGAAAGAAUGCAUCCCAUCGGUCUCGGUCAGGAAGAGAAAUGGCAAGCGUACCCAUGUCUCCCGUGCCGCCCAGCUUGAGGCUAAGCUAGAGGACCUUGUAUCUCUUCUCCGUCACCAGGCCGGACCGGGUGGCACGGCUCCUUCUCCAGGUGAGCCGUCUGUUGCUUCUAGCACACCGGCACCAAGUGCUCGUUCGGCGGCCAGUGUUGCGGGUGAUCAUUCACCACAUCCGGUGCCAGUUGCUGUUUUGCCUCCCCAGCUACCAGAUUGUCAUCCGGCUCAUGGAAAAGGCCGUCCAACGCCUGUCGCUCGCGGUACUCUCCUUGGCAGCGUAUUUGAGCCUCAAGAUGUGGGACCGCGCUCACCAACCCCCCCGCCGGUCGAGCCGCCAGCCAUCCCGUAUUGCACCUAUCAGCCAAGUCCAUUCGAGGCUGCUGAUGGACUGGUGACGUUCAGAAAGUAUAUGUUGAUCUUCCUCCCAUUUGUAUACCUGCCAUCCAACAUGACGGAGGAACGGCUUCGAAAAACAUAUCCCUUUUUGUGGUUCAGCAUCAUGACUGUCACCUCCAAGAACGCGGAUCGACGUCUUGUGAUGAGCGAGUCAAUCAAGAAGUUCAUUGCCCAGAAGAUGGUCAUGGAACAUGAGAAGAGCUUAGACCUUCUUUUUGGCCUCUUGGUCAUCAUGGGCUGGACUCAUUAUCACAUAAAGCGGGAAAAACCCAUCCUUUCACUUCUGGCAUCGCUCGCAAAGUCAUUAGUAUUUGAUCUUGGCUUGAACAAAGUUCCUAGUGAGCCGUACAUUUCAGCGUGUUUGAAGACAGCCUUCCACCCUCCACCAAGAGAAAAGACAAUGGAGGAACGGCGAGCCGUGCUGGCGUGUUUCCUGCUCACAUCUCAGAUAUCUCAUUCCCUAAAGAGGCUGGACGCCCUUACCUGGACGUCUCACAUGGAAGAAAGCUUACAGUUCCUCACCCAGCGGCACGAGUGGGAAGGGGACGAUCUUUUGGUUGCUCAGGUCAAGAUUCAACUCAUCGUCGAGCAGCUCAACAGGGCCACAUCACAGUCAAUAGACAAUGCGCCACCUUCGUACUAUCUUUCAGCCCUCCACACUCAGCUUACCAACGUCAAGACCCAGCUCCCCAGUCAUUUGCAACAAAACGACACAAUCCUCAGCCACAUCUCCUACACCGAGCUCGCCAUCCACGAAGCCGCCGUUGCCAAGCCCCGUAUCUCCCCAACCACCACCGUCCCCGACCUCCAGCGCUACGCCGCCAUGGAGGCCUGCCUCAACGCCAUCAAAGACUGGUUCGACCGCCACUUCUCCAUCCCGUCAUAUGUCUACAUCGGCAUGACGUUCAGCUACUGGUGCCACAUGGCCCACUGCCUCCUCUCCCUCUACCGGCUCUCCGUCCUCGACGACCCCGCCUGGGACCGCCGCGCCGUCCGCAACAAGCUCGACCUGCUACGGAUCUGCGACCAGCUCAAGCUAGGCUUUGAGGAGCUCUCCGCCAAAAGAAGGCUAGACUCGGGCCCGACGAUCGAGGAGGAUGGGUUCACCAAGUUUAACAUGAUGCUGCGGACGAUGAAGAGCGGGUGGGUGGCGGAGCUGGCGGCGAUUGACGGGGUGGAUCUGAGCGGCGGGGGGCAUCAUUCGAGCUCGGUGGAACAGUACCUGGAUGCGGGGAACGCGAAUGAGCUGAACUUGCCGUUGUUUCAUGCCGAGGAUCCGGAGGCGUGGAUGGCGGGGUUGUUUGAUAUGAAUUGGGAUCCUUGAGCUUGCUCGGCAGCAUCGUAUUGACAUCACCGGACAACUGAUCACGGCAACUAGAACGAGGACAACUUUUAUUUACGCGACUGUUCUGUUGUUACAAAGGUUCUAUACAGGGUUUCUCCUUAGGGGAGAGAGAGGGGGUGAGAUCAGAGCCACGGCUGUGGGCAUUGCUGGUACUGGUGGUGGUGGUGCUGCCCAUUCUUGCCUUGCUUCCCCUUCAUACUGCGGCUGUGAGGCGCUGAAACUCAUCGCUCUCGACUUGAUGCCCCCGGGUAUCAUGAAGUUGGGUAGAUUCGGGCUCGCAACAUUUUCUGGGCCCUGUGGUGGUCGGGAUGGCUGUGAUGGGUGCGGCGGAUAAUAUGGUGAUGCCUGUGAGGCCAUACCGAGCGACUGCCGGUGGGGCGUCAGGGGCGACACCGGGAGGAUCGGGUGCCCUGGGGAAGGAUAAGCUGUGAAGGCGCUUACUGGGCGGUAGGGCACGCCGUUUGCGCCGAGGUCACCGCCUUGAGAGGAGGGGAUGUACUGCUGCUGCUGCUGCUGUUGGUAGUAUCCCUGAUUCGGGGCAUAAGCAAACUGCUGCUGGGGUUGGCCGGGUGAAGUCUGGGCAAAGGCAAUGUGUUGCUGCUGCUGCUGCUCUUGACCCGGCGAUCCUACCAUCGCAAACUUCUGUUGUUCUUGUGUUGGUAGGGGGGGUAGGUAAGCCCCAUACUGCUGCUGCCCUUCCCGUUGGUACCCCCCAUACUGCCCCUGCCCCUGCCCCCCCGGACUCCCACCCACCGCUACGCCAACCUGCGACGGAGAGAAACUCGACUGCCUCCUCGCGCCCGCGGCAGCGAAUGCGUACUCGUCUUUGUGAAAGAAGGGGUCAUCGUUUGUGACAGAACCGUUCCUACUGCUGAGAUCACCUGGAAGGGUCGGUUCAGGGUAUUGCUGCGGCUUGGUAUUGUCAACCAUGUUCAUCGUGUCAGGGUAAUCAGCCGUGACGACUGCACCGCGGAUCCCGCCUUUUUUCUUGCGCCAGAGGAGGAAGAUGAUGAGGGCGAUGAGAGCGACGGCUGCGACUGCCCCGGCUGCUAUCCCGGCUGCUGUGCCGGGGGAUAGACCGCUUCCCUCUUCUGAAGGGGGAAGGGGUGGUUCGGCUGCGGAGGGGGAGGCGCUGGCGGCGGGGGAGGUAGUUUCUGUUGCGCUGAGUGUUGUGGAGGUUUCUACCGCGCUGGUGGUUGUUUGAGUGUCAUCGGUUUUUGUCGUAUCGUCAUCUUCGGUUCUGGAGGAAGGGGAUGGGGUUCGGGAGGACAGGCGGGUGGUGAUGGUGGUGCGGGCUGUUAUUAUGGUCGUUCUUCGCGGGGGUUCUGGUUCUUGGUCUUGUCGGGGAGACAGGUGGUGGAUGGGUUCGUGGGGGAGGUUGCUUGGUGGGAUAGCGGGCUGGGGUUGUUAGCUGAUGAAUGCCAUGAGCGUCGGAUCACACGAAGACUUACAUUCAGCGCCCUCCCCCUCACCACCGUCGCUACUACAUCAACUUGUGCUAUCACGCCCACAGUAACCGAGAGUAGCAAUCGACCGGUCUUCAUUUGCUGCCUGCUGCGACUGCGGUUGCUUUUCGAUGGAGAUCCUCAGUUAUGUUGCAUUCUCUCCCAGAAGUGUGUUGUAUAUCGCUUGCUAGCUGCUCCCGUCGUCAAACUGUUCGUCAAGAGUGAGAAAGCAAAAAGAGGGGGACAAGAACAUCCAUGUGAACACGGGCUCGGACUUGGGGGGGCCAUGUAUCACUUAUAAAAGGUGGCUUUGUAUACAAGUCUUGGAAAUCCUUCCCGUCCCCGUGUGGAUGGAUGUUUUGGGUUAUUAUGCGAACUUUUGGUCUGGUAUCAGAUGUGAGGUUGUCGGGUUUGGCCACCGAAGGAGGCGGGCACCUUGGAGCAAUGGGAUUUUUCGGCAUCAGCUUUCUGUUAAGCUUACAUUUGAUCCUGGUCUUAGGAAUAGGCAAGGGGGAACGGAUAUGUACAGUAGAUCCCGUCACUCAAAACAAGCUGUGGUCAAUUUGCGGUCGUCGUCUGGGCGGGCUGGAAGGAAAAAUAGAAUGGUUUUGUGGAGUCCGAGAAAGCGACCAAUGGAAAAUUCCGAGGGAGAGAAGCAAACAUUGGUGUUGCUGGUGGUGGAGGACUUUGCAGGACCAACUCAACUCCUUGGCCGAAGGGACGGGUGGUUUGUUGUUGGUUUGGGGGCCGGGCUUGGACCGUGCCCGGCCGGUCGGGUCGGUCGGUGGUGGGGCCGGAUGUGAGAUGUGAGGGGUUGUUGGUGCUCGCUUAGGGUGUCAUUGGGAAAGAUGAAAAGUUUGAGAUCUCUCGCGAUUGGACUGUCGAGUAUAAAUAUGGGAAAAUGUUUGCAUUUUUGGGAUGUUGGAAGGCGAGAAGGUGAGGUGGGUGGAGGAUGUGAGCAGUGUCACACAUAACCCUAACUGCAAACUGGAGCUAAUGUACACUUCACGGGAGGGUAGAAAAUGGGGAAAAUGGUUUCCACAAAGUUUAUUCACUUCAAAAGACAAAGCGUGUCAAAAGGAAAGUAGUUGUGUUAUUCUCAUGAUUGUGUCCCCAUCAUAACCCUAACCGACUAACAGACCGACCGACCCAAGAUAUCCUAUGCCAUGCUGGCAACAAAGUGUGUUGAUUGAAGAGAGUGUGAAAAAGGGGUAUCGCGCAAAAUUUGUGUUGUGUGUGUGUGUUGUGUGCGAGUGAGGGAAUGACUUAUUUGCAUCCAGAGCAGGAGCCUAUAGGUGAGUUGUUAAUAAUGUGAAAGACAGGAGAGGAGAGGUCGUUCGUGAUGGGGUGGGGUGACAUACAGUCAGAGCCGCAAGAGCAGCUAGAGGCGGAGCCGGAGCAGUUGCAAGAGCC